AAGAAGCAGAUAGGUUCAGUCAUACUCUCGAAACCCAAGCUCGAAACCGCUCGACCAAUCCAAACUCUCAUAAGGUUUGUCCGCAUAUUCAAACAAUUUCGCCGUUGUUCCUAAAGGCGGCGUGCGGCAUUCUCCAGUGCACGGGAACGGGAACCUCGGUUCAGUCGUUUAGUCAGUUUAGUCGUUUUGUCUCAUUCGUGCCGUGUGCCUUGUAGGUGUCCCUGUACGCCGUGGUCACUUCCCUCCACUGCGUCCUCAGCAGGAUGAGUGCCUCUGGGAGCUCGAGCGGUCCGCUGGGGACUACUCCAAGCACCCAGAGCAAACCCCUCUCUGGAGCAGUCCCGAAAAGGACUUUGAGGGCACCAACCCCCACCAAUCGUCUGGGCAAUCCUAUCCUGAAGCGUUCGGAAAGCCUCAAGGAGAACCUGGACCACAACCCAAAACGACAGAGGGCUGCUGCUCCCACCUCAGCCGCCACUGCGGCAAAGCAAAUCAUGGAUCUCAAGAAGCGCCUCCGGCGAUCGAGGUCAACCUGCGACGUCGGCAGCGCACCAUUGACAUCGGCAGCAUCCAGGAACGCCCUCAAGGCCAGUGGUUCCACCUCCACCUUUGGUUCCUUGGCCUCCAAGCACAAAGGGUCUAGCAUGUCCGUGGCCCCCUCUGCCCCUAAGAGCAAGGGCUCCGGCAGCUCUGCUGCCCUGGCACCGUCUGCAGCGGGCAAACGCAAGCCGUGGGACCUGCAGGGGAGGGUCAAGGACCUGGAAAAGCUGGUAAGCUCCCUGGCCGGGGACAAGAAGGAGCUGCAGAUCCUCCACAAGGAGAAGGAACAGCAGGUGGAGGUGCUCCUGAGGGACAACACGGAGCUGCAAGUGCAGCUAGAGCAGUUCAAGGGUCUGACCCUCGAGAACGACUCCCUCAAGGAGCAGCUCAGGCUCAAGACGAACGAGGUGGCAGAGUUAACCGCUGAGCUGGAGAGCACCAUGACCAAGUUCGGGUUCUGCCAGAGAGAGAAGCAGUCCCUACAGGAGAUGGUGUUUGACGUUACCGGGAACUAUGCAGGGCUACAGGUGGAACACUCGGCAAUGCAGUUGCUGCUUCAAGACGAGCAAGAGAAAUGUGCACAGCUUGCAGACUCUCUUCGUCAGAGCCAGGAAAGGGAGGCAGAGAAGGGCCAGGAGCUGCAGGACGCCGAUAUGAUACGUCGUGACCUGCAUAACACGCUGCAGGAAUUGAAGGGAAACAUACGUGUCUUCUGCCGGGUGCGGCCGAUGCUUCCGUCGGAAGAGAGGGAGGGCGAGCGCCCGAGUCACAUAUCGUUCCCAGACGAGAAGACUGUGGAGCUGGUCAAGCCCGACACGGAGAUGGUGAUGGCAUUCCCCUUCGACCGGGUCUUCCCGGGUUCCGCGACACAAGCGGAGGUCUACGAAGAGGUGGCGCACGUCGUACAGUCUGCGCUGGACGGCUACAACGUGUGCAUCUUCGCCUACGGCCAGACCGGAUCCGGGAAGACCUUCACGAUGGAGGGUCCGCCAGAGCUGGAUUUGGGCUCUCCGAACGACUCGCAGCUGGGGCUGAUCCCCAGGGCCCUCCAGCAGGUCUUUAUGUCUGCGCAGAAGCUCCAGAGGACCCAGCACUGGGAGUUUACGAUGGUGGCGUCGUACCUGGAGAUAUACAACGAGAAUGUGCGGGAUCUCCUGUCGACGCACCCCCGGAGCAACCAGGCCAGCUGCCAGAUAAAGCACAAGGACGGCUCCACGAUGGUGACCAACGCCACCAGAACGACAGUUACUUCUACAGAGCAGAUCCACGAGCUGCUCCGGCGGGCUCGGAAGCAUCGGGCUGUCGGUUCCACCCAGUGCAACGAGCACUCCUCCCGCUCUCACUCGGUCUUCCAGCUCCGCAUCACGGGGACCAACAGCCGGACCGGUGUGGGUAGCCGAGGCCUGCUAAACCUGGUGGACCUGUGUGGCAGCGAGCGACUGGACGAGUCCAAGGCGGAGGGUGCCAGGCUCCGGGAGACUCAGCACAUCAACCGCUCCCUCUCGAACCUGGGCAACGUGAUCCUGGCACUCUCCCAGAAGGCGAAGCACGUGCCAUACCGCAACUCCAAGCUGACCUUCCUCUUGAUGGACAGCCUGGGAGGGAACAGCAAGACCCUGAUGCUGCUAAACGUCUCUCCGUGCGAGAAAAACGUGGGAGAGACAAUUAACUCGCUGCGCUUCGCCACAAUGGUGACCCAGUGCAACAUUGGAACUGCACAUCGGACAGUGCAGGUGCCAUCUCAAUAAUAACCUUCGCCCUUUAACCUUUUAUAAUUUUCUAAACCGGGCAAUGCCCUAAGAAUCGUCUUUAAUUUAGCACUUUGACAGGGGUCUGAUGACAACGGUUGCCUUUUUGCCCCCCCCCCCCCCCCCCUCCCUUUUUUUUCCCUACAAGUGUCUUUUUUAUAGUUCAGUCCAGUUAUUAUUUAUAAUAUAUUUUUAUAGAUUUUAUGGAGUGUUAUGUACCGUCGGGAGCAAACGUUCGCGGGGCACGAGAGUGCCAGCCGAAAAGACUGGCUACGCCUUUUCA